CAUCCCAUCCUAGUGUAAUUGCGUUGUCGUAUACUAUUAUGGGACUCCUAUGGCCCGGCGAACGCUGAUAUAAAGACCAAAGCCCUUUGUUUGUUCCUCAAUCCAGUUUUAAUUUCCCGCAUAUUUUAAGUUUAACUAACACCCAUCACUCUCUCUCUCCCUUUUCUCUCACCACCACCAAUUUUCAUCACCCAAAUUUAGUCUCCGCCUCUGUCUUCUCCACCGCCGCAAUGCUCCCGUACUCCACCCUCGACGAGGCAUCGGCGGCGCUAGGAAGGAAUUUGACUGUAGCGGAGACAUUGUGGUUCAAUUACUCUGCAAAAAAGUCUGAUUAUUAUCUAUUUUGCCACAACAUCUUGUUUCUUUUUCUGAUCUUCUCUGUCGUGCCUUUACCCUUGUUCUUCACGAGUCUCUGGCGAUCUGCUGGGCUUGACAAGUACAAGAUUCAGCCUAAAGUCAAGCUGUCUCCUUCUGAAGAGUUCAAGUGUUACAAGGAUGUUAUGUUCAUGUUCUUUUUUGUCGUGGGGCCUUUACAAUUGGUUUCCUACCCUUCCAUUAAGAUGAUUGGGAUUCGAACAGGUUUGCCAUUGCCCUCCGGAUGGGAAAUCUUUCUACAGUUGUUGGUGUAUUUCAUGGUUGAGGACUAUACCAAUUACUGGAUCCACAGAUUUCUUCAUGGUAAAUGGGGAUACGAGAAAAUUCACAAGGUUCACCAUGAAUAUACAGCUCCCAUUGGGUUUGCUGCCCCAUAUGCGCACUGGGCUGAAAUUUUGAUCCUUGGAAUUCCAUCUUUUCUUGGUCCAGCAAUGGUUCCUGGGCACAUGAUCACAUUUUGGUUGUGGAUUGCUUUACGGCAGAUUGAGGCAAUUGAGACGCACAGCGGUUACAACUUUCCCUGGACUCCCACAAAAUAUAUUCCAUUUUAUGGUGGUGCAGACUACCAUGAUUACCAUCAUUAUGUUGGAGGACAAAGCCAGAGCAACUUUGCAUCAGUGUUCACUUACUGUGAUUUUAUUUAUGGAACUGAUAAGGGUUAUCGGUUUCAGAAGAAGCUUCUUCGGAAGUUGAAAGAGGGAGUGGAAAAUGGUGGUGAGCAGAAUGGAGGUUCCUACCAUAUUGCUACACAAGAUCUUAAAUCUGACUAGCUGUCAGACUGCAGAACUCUUAUUCAGCACAAUGCUCUUAGGGUACAACUCUUGUAAACGAGCCAUUUUAAGCUGACGUUGUCCAUAUGCUAGUCUGGUUAAUUACAAGUUGUGAGUAUUUCAGGUGGAUAUUAAUUCAUGUUGUGUAGUCGUGAGAAGGAGAGGGUGUUAGGGCUCAAUGUCAAGUUUCAGAAUGUGGGGGUUUUGUUUAAAUGAAAUCUGGUUUUCUUUCGUGUUUGUUAUCCGUGAAAAGUGCAAUCAAAUGCUGUUAGUUUCGGUCUC